UAGUCAUUAGAGAAAUUUCGCUCCUCGAGCUUGCGAUAUUGAAUACUUUUUGAAGAGGAAGAAAAAAUGGUGAAGCAAAUAGGAGAUACAACUCACAAGGAGGGCUGUUUGGAUCGGAAAAAACACUAUCGCUUUUUUCUUCUGUUGAUCUCAUUCGUUCCUCUGAGUUUGCUUCGGUUGCAUUCCGAUCGACAAMUGCUGACGGAGAAUGUUCACAUCAAUGGCCAACAUGGAUCAAUAACAAUGGAGCUCCAGGCAGCCACACGGGUUAUGAAACCAAAGAAACCAAAACGAAACAUGCUGCUGACGGCACAUAUUCCGGGGAGCCCGCGAACGGAAGAACACCAGUGCCUAGGGGAAUGCGAGGCGACGCAAAAUGCCCUGAAAGCAGAUACAGAAUGCUCGGCAAGAACCAUGGGCGAAGACUGGAAGGCGAUCACCGUCACCAAUCUCGAUGAAUUCGAAAAACAAUUUCAGAUGCAACUGGAGCAACAACCACAGCAACACGCAUGGCCCUUUUCGCAUUACGUGAAGAUCCACAUUUUGGAACGACUUUUAUUCGGUGAAAAUGCAAACGGUGUGGCACAAAAUGAUACUGUAAACGGUAGUGAUAAUGCCGGUUAUGAUGACGAUAAUAAUGACUAUGACAUCGAUUGGAUGGUUUGGGUCGACGCCGACGUUCGUAUUGUAAACGCAAGCUAUCCCGUUUCGAGAUUACUGAAUGAGGAUGCWAGGUUUCAACGAGUUUCAUAUUACGGAAUCGAUGACGAAAGCAAACGAUACAGAGAAAACACGGGCAAUGAGAUCACAGGAGUUCGCGGUGCCACAAAAAGCGAUGUGAGCAUCGUUGUGAUGUCRCAGUAUGCCGACAAUAUUAGUAAGUUUCGAUGUGAACAAUACAGGUUGAACGUCAUUCCACUAGAACAGUCGAAGUUUUAUGUAUGAGCGGGAUUUAAGUGGGCAAUAUAUCUGAUGUUUAUUWUGUAUCAUCUGCUUUGCCUUCAACCUCGUUUUAGUUAACAACCUUUUUUUCAUAAAGAAUAAUCCUUGGGGCAAACGCUUUUUGUUAGCUUGGAAGCAUUAUACGUUGAACGCAGAGAACAUUCAUAGAGAAAAAAAAUGGAAAACUUGCGGGUUCUACGACCARUGCCCAUUUGGUGUUGCCUUAUUGCAAAUUGCACACGACUAUUAUUGGUUACAACGCCAACGAACAAAUGAUCAGUUUUUGGAUGAUGAGCAAGAGGUGCAAUCGGCCUCGAAUCCAUUGGAAUCUCGCCUGUUUAAUUCCACACUGGAAGAUAUGGCCUUCCGGUCUGGAGCAAACAUUCAAAACACUUUGUUCAAGGACGAGUUGAAUCGUCUUAUGUCAUUGCAAUCGAACACUUGGACGAAUACGAAUGUACCUCUACAGAUUGGACCCAUCUUGUUUCUACCGACUUGGGAAGGCGGUUUGAGACUUCCCUCGCCUGGGUCUAUUAGUCCGAGCAAUUCGAAUGGGACUAUCGGCAAAAAUGAUAGUGAUAGCAUCUCAGAAAACACAAAUUAUUACGACUUCAUUCCAUCAUCCUUGACGAUUGAACCAACURGUUCUUUUGAAAGCAGCUACAAUAACACAGCUUGGCCGUUUGCAAUUCAUGCGAAGUACAGCAAACUCUUCCGUGACUAUUACGACGAGAAAUUUGCUGACUUUGAAAGGAAGUACACAGCGUUGCACCGAGACCAAUGCACUCCAUCCGAACUUUCGUCGAUGUGGAACGACACAGCUUCACGCUGGGCGAGAUCAAUAAGAAGUACGAAAUGGCUAUCAAGUGAGUCCAAGCAAUAACUCAAUCGGAAUGAUGGUUUCAAAUCAGACUUUGACAUUCAAUCAUCAAACUAUUUGCAGUCCUUGUUUACCAUGUCAUAACUUUCAUGUUCGUGUGUGGGUCCUCCCAACGAUAUGGUUACUAAUUGGUCAAUUGGUAAUUGGCAAGCUACAAAAACAUAUGUACCGUACAAGUAUUUGAAUUACGAAGUACAGUACUGCAAUCAUUAAUGUAUCAAAGAAUACGUGAGUUUUACCAGUACCGGUGCGUGAGAGUACCAGUGCAAAAUAUUAAUGUUGCUCUUUAKUUUGUGCAAGGGGGUUUACGGUACGUAAAGAGUGAGGGUUUUCACUGGGWAUUCACUCRCUAGCUACUCGUGAUUGUGGUUCAGCCUCGCACCACCCUGCACUUGCAGAAUCGAAAUCCGUGAUUGAAUCAAGUGAGUUGGAUAAAUUGAAUCUACUGUUAGUAUGUAGUAGAUCAUAGGAUUUAGAUUGCAAGUGGAGCAAAAUGUGCUUGUGUUUGUUAGUAUAGUACCAGUAAGGUGUGYCGUGUACUCGUCAGUGGUGUGGUGAGAGGUUGUAGAGGUGAAACAAGAGGAUGUSCAAUAGAGCAGUUAGUGUAGU